AUGUCGGAUUUCUCCGUCAACUCUUCCAACACCGACAUCGAUCCGAUGCCUGUGGAGUGCGACGCGGAGUAUGAGGAGACUCGAGAACUCGUCAAAUUCGGUCUCCAAUUCGUGUACCUCCUACUCGGCAUCGCACUGAAUUCGGCGUUGUUGUGGACCAUCUGGAAGCGGUACCGCGAGACGUACCUCUCCAAUUCGUUUUUCGUUCUCUUCUCCAUGGAUUGUGCUGUGGUGAGUUCUCUUCUGUUUUUAGGAAAAGAGUUUGAAAAAAAGUGCAUUGAAAGUGCGAAACUACUCCAUCAUUUGUCGCUUUGAAUCUUGAACCAUUGGUCUUACAAGACUAA